ACUCUUGAAGAUGUUUGCCGUAUAGGGACUAAACACAACGUGAAAAUUGUCAUAGAGGCGGCCGAAGAGGAAGAAACAGAUGACAAUGACUUUGAGGGUGUUCAGAGCCGAAAGCAGGAUUUGCAGAACUCGGCAUCUGAACAUUCAGAAGAUGGGACGUCCACAUACCAUGCUGACAUUUGGGACUUACCUGUUCCUGACAUGCCCACUUCCACAUCAGAAUAUGACAAUGUCGGAGAUUGCACUUGGAGCCUUUCGUCCUCCCCUGAGACCUGUGCUAGUCCCGAUGUAGACAUGAUACAGCUAGAGGGGCAGUCCAGCCCUUUUGUCGCUGUGCCUCAGUUCAAUCAGAUCACUGAAGCGGGAGAAGAAAUUACAGCCAAAGACGAGACGCCCAACCAGGUGUUCCUGUUUGAGGGAACUAGUGGCUUGGACCACUUUAUUAAGGAUGGGGGAAGCUGUGGUGCAAGUAAGUACGACAACAAAAGUGGGGAAGGAUCAGGGUUUUCUGCCUGGAAAGAGCACUCAGGUGAUCAAUCCCCGUUUCUUUUGGUGAACUGCUCAACUGUGAAUCCUGCCACUUCAGUCAAUCCCGAUUUAAGUCGAGGGGAAGCUGAUGAGACUCGAACCCAGGCUGACCAGUCACCUUCCUCGAGCCAUGUCGAUUGGGGCAAUCUUGUUUCCAAGAAAGCUGACGGCUCUGAAUCAGUCUCACUAUAUGACCUGCCGAUCAGGCCUCUCUCCGAAAGCCAUGUCAGUCCAAGCAAUGACAUUACAUGUGUGGGGGAGGGUAAAACAGCAGAAUCCAUGUCUCUGAGCUCCAGCUCUGGAGGGGAGAAAGACACACUGAAAUGUAGCCCUGAUAACCUUCACCCAGGUAGCAGUGACGAACUCAGGUCCAAUUCUGACGGCGAUUCAUCGUCGUGCCUUGAAAUGGACUACAUCAUUGUGUCUGGCACGGUUAAAGAAGCCGAAAGAGAGUGGGAUGAUAGGCAUUCAAAAGGACCAAAAAAGACAAUGGAAACAUUUAGCAUGCUUUCCUAUGCUGCCACAGUACUGAAAGCCCAGGCCCAAGCUUCACGGAGAGAGCAUCAGGAGAACACAGAACACAGCAGCCAAAAACAAAGCAUUGAAUGUGAACUUAGUACAGAUACAGCAAGACGCCAAUCUGUGUCAUCCUCUCAUUACCAAGAAAGUCUUAAAAAUAAUACUGAGCAUCAAGAAAUGGUCGGUCCAAGCCGUUCAAAAAGUGACACUGAGGCUGUUCAUCAAUCGGAUUCAAGACCAACAGGUUAUAGUCAAACACAAGCAGAACAAGGAAACUACGAUGACAAAUCAGGCGUUGUGGCAAGAAGUGUGUCUCCGUCAUUAAGAUAUCCAUCAGACCACUUCCUGAAAACCAGGGAGGAAGUUUACGUCCAUUCACAGAUUUCAAUGGAAGAUUCAGACGAGGGUGGGCAGUCACCCUCCGCACCUCCAUGUCCUACGUCUUUGGGCGACUUUCAAGACUGGAGGGGUCAAACCGCAUCUGAACCACACUCCCCUGCGUUGACCAACAGCUCAAUCUCCCACACCAGCUCUUUUGUCAGCACCCCAUUGAGUGAAUCGGGUAUUUCAAACGACAGAGGGCUUGGUUUACCGUUUUCUGGAGAUUUAAUGGAGGAUGAGAACGACGAGGAAGAGCAGGAAGAGGAAACUGAAGGACACCAGCCGGGAGAAUCCUCUGAUCUGCUGAGUUUCACCGAGGAGCUGAUUGGAGGGUCUUCAUGUCAAAAAAACGAUUUACAAACAUUUGAACCAAAGAGUACAAUGGAUUACCACAACAAACAGCUACUGAGAACUGUCUAUGAAAGACAUAUUGGAGACCUUAAAGCUUCUCAUGACAGCUGUUCACCUGAUUUAAGAAGACACCAAGUGGUGACAUCACAACCUUCCUCUGAGCCAACCAACGAGGAUGCUGCAUACCAGUGGGCGGGAGGUCAGACUGUAACUCAGGGUCAAACCCAACACGGCUACAACUACCACCACAUCGACCAAAGAACUGAACACCAGGGUGCCCUCUCCGCCUGCGUAGGGCCUAAAUCCAACAUCCAACAAAACACCACAGACGUCUACGCUGAGUUUACAACCGACGCAACGUCUGCACGCUGCAGAUCUGAGCAGGCCGAGGGUUAUUAUGAACAUGGAGUCAAUGAAGAGUACAGGUCUGACGAUCCAGGAAACAAGUUCAAAUACACAUCUGAAAGCCAGUAUGGAGAUGGCUCUGGAUCCAUGUUCACCUCUGAAGUCCAGUGCUCCCAGUAUCAAGCUGACGGCCAGGGUCAGUACGAGUCAGAUCACACUAGUUACCAAUUUGACGGACAGCCGCUCGACCAAUUAGAUGUCCGACCCAAGAGGGAGGAUCAUGCCCGUUAUGUGCCAGAGGGAUACAUUCACUUUCUCGUUACAAGCAGCAGACACUCCCAACAGGAAGACGAUGCAGGAGGGAUGAUGGUGAUGAAGACGGCCUCCGGUGAGGAAGCUGCUGAGGAGAUGGAUAACAGAGAAGAUCCGUCCUCGUCUGCCGAUCUGUCGGGCGGGUCCAAUCAGAGGAGAAAGCUGGCAGCGCCACCUAUGGAUGUGUCCUUGGACCGCAGUGAGGGGUCUCUUCUGUCAGAGGACGCUCUGGACACAGAGGACGAGGCUUUGGACACGGGAGACGACCUGGAUGUCAACAUAGACGAGCUGGACACGUCUGAUGAGGCCGAGGAGUUCAACCAACACGGAGACUCACAAGAGCCUGAUGUGGGCGCAGGAGCGGCGUCGAGUGAAGCUGUGGCAGGACAGCGAGCGGCUGAGGAGAGCCGACUGUGGAGGAGCGUGGUGAUCGGAGAGCAGGAGCAUCGCAUUGACAUGAAGUGCAUCGAGCCGUACAAAAGAGUCAUUUCUCAUGGAGGUUAUUACGACCAACAAAAUGCCAUCAUCGUGUUUGCAGCGUGCUUCUUACCAGACAGCAACUGUGACAAUUACAAUUACGUCAUGGAAAACCUUUUCCUGUAUGUGAUCAGUACCUUGGAGCUCAUGGUCGCAGAAGAUUACAUCAUAGUUUACCUGAAUGGCGCCACACCUCACAGGAGGAUGCCUGGUUUUUCGUGGAUGAAGAAGUGUUACCAAAUGAUAGACAGAAGACUGAAGAAAAACCUGAAAAUGUUCAUCAUCGUCCACCCGUCCUGGUUCAUACGGACUCUGCUGGGGAUCACCAGACCCUUCAUAAGCUCAAAGUUCAGCAGCAAAAUCAAGUAUGUGAAUAGUCUGCAGGAGCUCGGAGAAAUCAUACCGAUGGAGUAUGUUCACAUUCCACCCAGCAUUGUCAAGUAUGACGAGGAGAGGGCUGUUCACAAAUAUGCAUGCCUGAGACUGGAUACAGAAUUACAAGACACAGCGGUAAAAGCCGAUAAGAGAGGAAACUCUGCUGUGUGACAACUUGAAGACACGUGGCUGCUGCCUAUCUCCUCCCUGCAUCGUGCUGCGGCCUAAAGCGGCGUCUCUGAAUAUAAGUCAGCUCCAGCAUGACGUGUGUGUGGCACAUUGUUGAUACUCCAAUAACUAUCAUCAUGGGGUAAGAAAAGGAAAGUGCUGUGGUAUAUAACAGCAGGACGUCACUUGGAAAUGAAGGAGGAAAGUAUGGAUGUGAGGUCACUGAACAUGACACUGUAUUCACAGAGCAGAGACUUUUCCCCGUACUAUGACCUUUCACACAACUGGAUUUUUGUUCCUUAUUUGGGAGCUGUUGUUUUCUUUGACGUCAUCUUUGGAGGGAUUACUAACUGGCUUUGUUAAAAAUCCAUGUACUAGCCCAACCUGCCUGUUGCUCUGCACCUGUUUGAAACCAUUGUUACAGUCAGUGUGGAGGUUAUCUGAGCCCACGGCAAGCAAGGCUGUUUUAAUUUAUAACCAAAUCCAUGUAAACAGAUGUUCAGUAACAGCCUGUGUGCUCACAAAUAAACACUUGUGUUCUCAUCAGAGAGCCCUGUAGCUCUGUCUAAAAUGUUGGUAUCUUAUCAGGGCUAAUUACAGGUAGUCGAGGUUUACAAAAAUGUGACUCCUACACAAAAGGAGGAGGACUGUACGAGCCUGUUUGGGGUGACAUUUAGACUAGCUUGGUAUGUUACUGUGGGGAUUUCCAUUCUUUGAGUUACUUUCCAUCUCUACAGGCUGUCAGUCAGUCGGCUGUACUAUUAACACUGUAUAUCACUGUGAGGGAAAAAACACAACAUGAAAUCAUAAAGGUAGCAAAAUAGCAGUUAUCAGUAGCUGCAAUAAUGUGUUGCAUGCAUCUAGUAGGUACAGCUUGAGAUCGAGAGUCACAGAAAAGCAAAUUUGUAAUUUUAUUCUUGUUUUGUUUGGGUUGUGUUUGUAUGUCUGUGUGUAAGAGAGAGAGAGGAGGGGGGAUGAAGAAGUUCUGUUGUGUAGUUCACCGAUGGUCAUGAUGAUACAGUAUAGACGGUGUCUUCUCUUCUGGUUUUUUUUCUUAUAUUUGUACACAUUUGUUUUUGGCUUGCAAAGUAUUAAUUUAUUGGAAAAUAUGUAAACGCUUUUUCUUCAUUAAAAAUAUUUGUUCCUC